UCUCCCCAGCCGUCUUCUGUGCUCUUGGCAAAGACCCUUCCUCACCUGUAACCAGCUAACCCAGAUGAGAAAAAAACAUGAGAAAAAUCAAAAGAUCCAACUUAGUUUAGAGAACCAAAGCUGAGCCCUAAAAUUUAUGUCAGUUCAGAAAUGAGAAACCACUGGGAGAGAGAUUCCUUGGGAAUCUGAGCAUUUUUCUACAUUACUCUUUCCCAGGAGAAAAUAAAUAUAGAAAUAGUAUUUCCUUUUGCAGGUUUGGUAGAGACAGACCAGGAAAAUGCUAGAAGUUUCCCCAAAGGAAAGGAGUUGGGGGGGGGGGUCCCCACAGCGUCACGAUUAAGGGGCAGCUCCUUAACCUUUACCAAAAGACGUGCCAUGUGCCAUCGGAGGCUUCUAGACUCCAGCCCCGGCGGCGGCGGGGGGUCUGAGCUCGGGUGCGAGCCGGGCACAACCAGCACAACCCAGGGCGGCCAGCCGCCCAGGAGGGUUUGGCUGAGAUAUCAGGGCCCAGGCCAACUCCGAAACUUGCUCAGCUGCGCGGGAGCUAAGCCUUUGGGCUGGGACGCGCUCCACCUGCCGGGCACCCUACUCGGCCCCGAAUCCCGACACCCCGCCCCUGCCUGGGGAUAAGGCAGUUACCCGAGCACCGGCACGAUUGCGGUGGCCCGACCAAGCCGGGAGCCGAGCUGCGCGCCCACCCCACCCCACCCCACCGCCCAAGCGCAUCCCCUCGCAAGCUUUUAUUCGGGGUCUGCAAGAAGCCCUCCACUCUGACUGGCGCCCGCUCCAGAAACCCCGACCACCUGCCCUUUCGCCCCCAAGCAGCCCCGCACUCUUCCGACCUCACUCGGAAACUCCUCGGUCCCUGGCAUCUUUCCGAGGUGGCCGGGGCUUAGAAGGUGGGUCCCCAUGUGCACCCCCGGCCCUCCAACAGGUGAGACGCCUCGUCACGCCGAGCCCCCCGGCCUCCGCGCCUGGGAGGAUCCAAAGAUCUUUGGCACAGGUCCGGGCUGGGCAGGGGUAGCCAGCCUGGCUCACCUGAGCCCCGGAAGAACGCGAGGGGCCCUCGGUGACGGCCCCCGCUACCCUCGGCCCUGCUUUCUGGCGCCGUGCCGGGGGGAAGGGGUUGGGGGCGCGCCGCCCCGGGACCCCGCGUCCUCACCUUUGAACCGCUCCAUCGGGGCCGCGGCGUGCGCUCCUCGCGGCUCGGCUCGGGCGGCGCUGCGCUCUCCGCGCUCGGCUCCAAGCCCGGGGCCGCCGCGCUGGCCCCUCCCCGUGAGGUCACGCUCACGCCCGGACCUCCUGGCGCGGCUGCCGCGCCCGAGCCCGGGACCCGGUCCCCGCCCGGCGCGUCGGCCCCGCGGGGGAACUCCGCGGCCGGCCCCGGAGGACCGUCAGCUAUCGAGUCCGCUCGCGCCCGGGGCCCCGCUCCCGCGCCAGCUGCUUCACGUCCCGGUUCCGAGGCUUGACCAAACGCUGGGGGAGGCCCCCGGGAGGGGCGGGCUCGGGCGGCUUACGGGAGCUCUUCUUCCAACCACCAGGCUGCGAGCCCACUGCCAGGAGGUGGAGACUGAGGUCUGCGUCGGGAGGCUGAGAGCAUCAGAGUCUUUUCCAGUGAGCCAGUUCUUCGCAUGAGGUUGC